AUGUCCACCACAGAUGACAUCCUGCAGCAGAUCGGGGAGUUCGGCUUGUUCCAGAAGCUGGUCUUCCUGCCCCUGUGCCUGCUCUCGGCCUUGUUCGCCCCCGUCUACGUGGGCAUCGUGUUCCUGGCCUUCACCCCGGACCACCGCUGCCUGAGCCCGGGCGUGGCCGAGCUGAGCCAGCGAUGCGGCUGGAGCCUGGCGGAGGAGCUGAACUUGACCCGUGCCACCCCAACGGGUCACGCAUCCGCUUUGCUGGAGGAGAGGGCGGGAGGCGCGGCUCGGCUCACAAACGUCUCGCGUUUGCGGCCCCUGCAGUUCGACCUGGUGUGUGAGAACUCCUGGAGAGUGGACCUCUUCCAGUCGUGCGUGAACGCCGGCUUCUUCAUCAGCUUCCUGGGGGUCGGCUACGUCGCGGACAGGUUCGGCCGUAAGUUAUGUCUCUUGGCCACAACUCUCAUCAGCAUCGUCUUCGGCAUCCUCAUGGCCAUCGUGCCGGACUACACAUCCCUGCUGCUCUUCCGCCUGCUGCAGGGGCUGGUCAGCAAGGGCAGCUGGGCAGCUGGUCUUACCAUGAUCACAGAGUUCGUGGGCCUGGGCUACCGAAGAACGGUGGUGAUCCUGUACCAGACGGCCUUCUCGGUGGGGCUGGUGCUGCUCUGCGGGGUGGCCUACGCCCUCCCCCACUGGCGGAGGCUGCAGCUGGCCAUGUCCCUACCCACCCUCCUCCUCCUGCUCUGCUUCUGGUACGUGCCUGAGUCUCCCCGCUGGCUGUUAUCACAAAAGAAGAACACUCAGGCAGUAAAGAUAUUGGACCGUAUCGCCCAAAAGAAUGGCAAACCAACUCCUGCUGACCUAAAGAUGCUCUCCCUCAAAGAGGACGCCACCGAAAAGCUGAGCCCUUCGUUUGCUGACCUGUUCCGCACGCCACAGCUGAGAAAGCACACCUUCAUCCUGAUGUACCUGUGGUUCACCAGCUCUGUGCUCUACCAAGGCCUCAUCAUGCACCUGGGCGCCACGGGCGGGGACCUCUACCUGGAUUUCUUAUUCUCCGCUCUCAUGGAAUUUCCGGCGGCCUUUGUCAUCCUCGUCACCGUUGACCGUGUCGGCCGCCUGUACCCGAUGGCUGCGUCGAACCUGGUGGCGGGGGCGGCCUGCUUAGCCAUGAUCUUCAUUCCCCACGAUCUGUACUGGUUAAGCACCGCAGUAGCUUGCCUUGGCCGAAUGGGGAUCACCAUCGCGUUCCAGAUGGUGUGCCUGGUGAAUACUGAGCUCUACCCUACAUUUAUCAGGAACCUUGGGGUGAUGGUGUGCUCCUCGAUGUGUGAUUUAAGUGGGAUCGUCACCCCCUUCCUGGUCUUCAGGCUGAUAGAGUUUUGGCAAGGCUUGCCCCUCAUUUUGUUUGUGGCGUUGAGUCUGGUGGCCGGGGGAGUGACGCUGCUUCUUCCGGAGACCAAGGGGGUGGCUUUGCCAGAGACCAUCGAGGACGUGGAGAAGCUCCAGAGGAAAGCAAAGCCCAAAGAAAACACGAUUUACCUUCAGGUCCAGACAUCCGAGCUGCAGGGUCUAGGGAGAGAUAUUUCUCUGGGGACCAAGGGGCAGAGAUGACGCCGGGAUUUUUCAUGCUCCAUAGCCCUUACUUCCCUGUGCUCUUCCUUGUACUUCCCUGCCCCCAAAUCAAUACCGGUCCUGAAGAACACCUGUGUUUUAUAUUGCUUUUCUUCUUUUAAACAUCCCAAAGCCCUGGCUGUCUUUCUAAUGAGAGCCAUUGGUGGUGACCAGGCCCUUAGUUAUCUAAAUCAUUUUGAAGAUCUAAUAAAAUGU